AGAGGGAGAGAGAGAGAGAGAGAGAGAGAGAGAGAGAGAGAGAGAGAGGAAUUCAGUCCUGUUUAAAUGGAAAUCUAGAGCGCAGAGAGGAAAAAGAACGCAGAUAGAGAAACCAAGAAAGAGAGCAGAUCAACAACAAAAAAAGUGGAGACAGAUUUAUUUUACGCAUGGGGAAGAAAAAAACAGCAAACGAGUAGAAGAAGGAAAGGAGGGAAAAAAAGGCAUCAGAUUUGUUUUUCCACUAAAUGUGGCUUUUUUCACUCUCAUGAUUCAAAGAGGAUUCCAGUUGAAUUGAGCCGCUCGGGAGGGAUUGAUGGUGUCUUUUCGGGGAAGCAGAGCCGAGGGGAGGAAUCUGAAUGCGCUCGGCUGAACCAUGCCAGCCCUGUGGAUCAUAACUUUGGCCAUCACUUUUAACCAAGUGUGGUGCAUUCACUUCUCUCAGGAGCCGGCGGACCAGUCGGUGGUACUGGGAGAACAGGUGGUGUUGUCCUGCGUGGUCUUCAACUACAGCGGCAUCGUCCAGUGGACCAAGGACGGCCUGGCCCUCGGCGUCGGAGAGGGUCUCCGAGCCUGGCCUAGGUACCGUGUGCUGCGGGCUCUGGACACCGGCCAGUACAACUUGGAGAUCUCCAAUGCAGAGCUUUCCGAUGACUCUCUGUACGAGUGUCAGGCCACAGAGGCUGCCCUGCGCUCCAGGAGGGCCAAACUCAACGUACUCAUCCCCCCUGAGGACCCGGUGGUGGAUGGAUCCCCGGAGCUCCUGCUGAUGGCUGGGACUCCAUUCAACCUGACCUGUGUGACCCGCGGGGCCAAGCCUGCAGCACACAUCCAGUGGACCAAGGAUGGAGUCCCUGUGGAGGGGGCCUACCAGUCAACGGAAGUGCUACCGGACAGGAAGAGGGUGACGACCAGGAGCUACUUGCACAUCAUACCUGUCGACAAAGACAGCAGCAGCAAUUUCACCUGUGUGGCCAGCAAUCCGGCGGUGCCGAUGGGCAAACGAGCCACUGUUACCCUCAACGUGCACCACCCUCCUACGGUGACCCUGUCCAUCGAGCCUCGCUCCGUCCUGGAGGGCGAGAGAGUGACCUUCACCUGCCAGGCCACUGGCAACCCUCCCAUCAUCGGCUUCAGGUGGGCCAAAGGGGGCGUGCUGCUGGAGGGGGCCAGGGAAAGUGUGUUCGUCACCACGGCAGAUCACUCCUUCUUCACCGAGCCCGUGUCCUGUCAGGUUUUCAACGUCGUGGGAAGCACCAACGUCAGCAUCCUGGUGGACGUGCACUUUGGCCCAAUACUGGUAGUGGAGCCCAGGCCAGUUACUGUAGAUGUGGACUCUGACGUCGCUCUGAACUGCAAGUGGUCUGGAAACCCCCCACUCACCCUCACCUGGACCAAGAAGGGCUCCAGCAUGGUGCUCAGCAACAACAACCAGCUGUAUCUGAAGUCUGUGAGCCAGGCCGAUGCAGGCCAGUAUGUCUGCAAGGCCAUUGUGCCGCGGAUUGGAGUGGGAGAGACUGAGGUUACACUCACUGUCAACGGCCCCCCCAUCAUCUCCAGUGAUCCAGUCCAGUACGCUGUCAGAGGGCAAAGAGGAGAGAUCAAGUGUUACAUCGCGAGCACCCCCCCACCUGAUAAGAUCGUUUGGGCGUGGAAGGAGAACGUGUGGGAGAAGGAGAAGGGCACUCUGAUGGAGAGGUACACUGUGGAGCAGAGUAAGCCUCCAUCCCAGGGCGGGGCCGUCCUCUCCACCCUCACCAUCAACAACGUGAUGGAGUCUGACUUCCACUCGCCCUACAACUGCACCGCCUGGAACUCCUUCGGACCCGGCACCAUGAUCAUCACCCUGGAGGAGAGGGAUACUGUUCCAGUGGGAAUUAUCGCUGGUGGUACGGUGGGCUCCUCCAUUCUGCUGCUUUUGUUUCUAAUGGCGCUGGCCUUCCUCUUCUACCGCCAACGCAAAGGCAGUCGCCGGGGUGUCACACUCGGUAAGCCAGACAUCAAGGUAGAGACGGUCAACAAAGAGACCCACAGCCUGGAGGAGGAGGCGGCCGACGUCUCCACGGCAACCCGGAUGGUCAAGGCCAUGUACUCCUUUCUGCCCUCUGUUUCCCUCUCUCCCUCCACUCAGCCGUUCAAAGACGACAUGGACCUGAAGCAGGACAUCAGGAGCGAGGGCGACACCAGGGAGGAGUACGAGCUCAAGGAUCCAACCAACGGUUACUACAACGUCCGAGCCACCACCCAUGACGAGGCGCGCCCCCAGUCCCGUGCCAUCCACUACCAGGGCGAGUUCCGCUCCCCAAAUCCAAACAGCGGGCCAGCCGGGGCAUCUUCCAGCGGAGCCCCAGCUGGUGCCAGCGGUGCCGUUCCCCCCAGUGCAGUGCCAGGCUCAAGGGCAGGCUGCUACGACCCACGCCCACCUUCCAGGAUGUCCCAUGCCACCUACGCCCAGUUCAAUACCUUCACCAGGGUGGCGCAGAGCCAGCAAGCACCUCCCAAUCCAGCUCUUCAAUCGCCUGGAGAUUAUCCCGGAGACUGCGGUCUGCUGGACAGCACCACCCAGCUGACCUAUGACAACUACGGAUACCCCUCCCAGUAUCCCAGCUACCGCAUGGGCUUUGCUCCACCCAUAGAGGAAGGGCCAUCCUAUGAGAUGUAUCCAACAGGACAAGGACCAGGGCCAGGGCCAGGGCCGGGGCCAGGGCCGGGGCUGGGACCAGGACCAGGACAACAAAGUCCUGAAACAGGACUAGGGCAGUAUGGAACCUCCACCCGCUUCUCAUAUUCAUCUCCCCCCUCUGACUAUUCCCAAAGACACACGCAGCGGAUGCAGACUCAUGUUUGAGAAACACACAUUCACACACUUUGACUUGCUUUUUUUUUUCAGCUGCAGUACUUAUCACACAUUAAACAAAAACAUAGAUGUAAAAAAAAAAAUACAUUCAAGAAUCCAUGUUCCAGUGCAUGGAAUUUGGUUCAUUUUCUGAACCAAUGAAACACCACAGCAACAACUCACAGCAGUUAGCAGCAUCAUGUAUAAUACAGUUAGCAGCAAUACACACGUACAUACAACACACAUUUGCGCAGACCUACUGUUGCUUGCAGUUUUUUUGCUCCAACAAAAGCAACAGCGAGAGCCACAAUCAAGACAAAAGAGACAAAAAAAAGAAGAAGCGCACUUUGAAGACGAGAAGAAGAAAAACACCAGAAGCUUAAGGAGGAGCUGCAGAGGAACCUUUUUCUUCCUGCAGUCGUCACCCUGCUCUAUGAUCAUCUCCCUGCAUCGCAUCUUCCUCCCACCCCAUCUCUGUAAAUAAGUGCAAAUGGAGAUUUGGGUCAUUUUAAAGUUAUUUCCUUGUACAAACCUAUACAGUGUGAUGCAGUACAUUGAACCUCCCUGCAAUCCACUCCCUUUUUGCAUUUUCUGACUCUCAAAUAAUGGAAAAAACACACAGAUCUUUAAAGACUUGUUUGUUUCGAUGUAUUGCAGCAACGGGGCAGCUUGGACUAUAUAUAUUUGGCACUUUUUCAUCCCUUUUCCUCACUCAAACCUGCCCAGUGGCCAUUUCUUUACAAGAUGGGUCAGUUAGUGACCAGAGUGCCAAUGCUGUUGUGCCAACACACACAAACUAUUACUGUAAGGUGGGUCUUUUGUAAAGAGUGGACAACAAGAUGGUCUGGACAAUGAGGUUUUGUACGUGCCACAUCUUACAGGAAAGGAAAGGAGUGGUAGCAAGUGUCUCUAUAUGCUCAUUCUUCUCCUCAUCAGUCAUUUUUAAUCAUCAUGAUGCAUUUCUAUUCUUAACAUUUCACUCGAGGUCAAUGCUGUGUACAGUAUUUGUGAAAUGAGGUGUGGCAGGAGCGCUUUUUUCAUUCAAUGAAUUUCUGCAAUUUGUACAAAAAGAUACCUCCCCUACCCUCAAGUGUCAAAAAGUAAUUGUUUCUCUCACUUGCACAGUAGACUAGUUUUUCUUUUCCAUAUUUAUACCGAAACGUAUGAAAAAAAAAAUGGCAUUCAGAAACAUUUUAUAAUAUUUUUAUAAGGAGUUGUGGACCAAAGGUUCAGCGUUUUGGGUGAAACUCACUUUUUAAUGUGUAUGUGGUGAAGUGAACGUUAUUGGAAACGUUUUGAGUUUCUUUAAGAAGCGACGGAUGGUGUUUUUAAAGUGAAUGUUGUAGACUUAAAUUAGAACAUUCAAAGAGCUUCAUUCCAAAAUGAUAAAUAUCCAGCGAGGGCAAAUCCGUUUGGUGGAUAUCUCUGUUUGGUGUGAAACUCUUUCAUUGACUUCCAGCCUUCUGACUGGACUGCCUUUUUCAAUACGUCGACGACAUUCAAAGUGAUGGAUGGAGAACCAGCAGUUGCUCACUUUGAGCUGUGCUGUGAACUUUGUAAGCAAAGGUUCAAGUGUAGUCUAACAUAUCAAAAUGAAGGUACAGAUGGUUCUAUCUAGCUCAUAUGGUACUUUGUACAUUUCUAUGUAGUACUGGUUUGUUCACUGCAACGGACAAUUUGGUGGUAUUUUAUGUUUAUGAGAUUUUUUUCGAUUAUAUUGUGUCAGCUUUGGUACAUGUGAUUGGCCUUUAAUGAUCAGUGUUUAAAAUGUCACUACUAACCUCGAACCUCUACUGAUACAGCUACUGUACUAAGUCCCAUGUUUAAAUGGAUCUCUACCGCCCCACUGCCAAAUUAUUUUCCCCCGUGAGAGAAAAUCAAAUGUGUCUGUCUGGUAAGAUCUUACAGUGUCUGCAACAGUAGUUUUGCUUACUUACCCAACACCAACUAAGUCCAAAUUCCCACUAUGAUCAGCUUACAAAAGGCUUACAAAAGCAGUGUGGGUUGUACCUGUCUACUCAGUGCAGCUGCAAAGUUGGAACCGUCAAAAAAUGUCUUGCUUGAUAGUAAUGUCUCGAAGAGUUAUUAUAAGUAAGAAGUUAUAAAAAAAAAAAAAGAAAGCCUUCUAAAAAAAGUUGUUUCAAUGGCAACUAUGGAUGCAAUCAUUGAGCCAGCACCGGUUUGAAGACAUUUAUUCGACAGUUGUACAGAACCAAAAGCUUUGAAUGAAUGUUGUAUUCUCUGCGUAGACAAAAGAAGUUCAGGUGACAAAAUCACACAACUUUCGAUUGGCUGUUGAACACUGAGCACAGUUUUGGCCAACUUAUGCGAGAUAUUUCCUUGGACGUUCCCCUCUACAGGAAUUCAUUUGACUUCCACCCCCUUAAUAAUAAUGUUGCUCGCAGUGUGAACACAGAACUGAAAACAUUUGUCCAAAGCAGCAACCCGUUCUUACUGUAAGUAACAUCAGUGAAAGACAGUUGGCACACAAAAGGCCCCCCCCCCCCCCUCCCCGGUUGUAGAAUUAGUUCAUGUUUGCACACUGAGCUUUGCCAGUAAGAUUGGCUUGCACUCUCCAUCGUACCAUCGCACAACUUCACCUGUUACGGUGACAAUCAGUGUUGAUUAGACUCCACAUCUGUGGCAGCAAUCUUUACUUCAUACUGAGCUGGGAAUUAUAAGGUUCCAUCUCUAAUGUUCUUCAGUUAGGGACUUUAAAUAAUACAUGACUUUUUUAAACUUGUUUUGGCGACCCCAAGGUAUUGCUUCGACUUUGUCUUGAUGUUUUACCUUUGCUUAAGGGCACAUGUGCUUUACUGAAUAGUCAAAGUAAAGAGGGACUGUAUGAAGAGUCACGCACUUGUAUCUCUAGCAUACAAUUUUAAGCAGUUAAAAAUGAUAGCAGAUGAGACGGUGCUUUACAAAAGACCUGAGGCUGCGAAGUGAAGCCAGACAUUUCAGCACCUCCAGAGGUAAUCAUUGAGUCUUUAUACUUAUCAGCCAUCCUAUCAACCCUUCACAGAUACAGUAUAUUAUGGUAAUUCUGUGCCGAGGGGCAGUAAAAAUGGUAUUUAUUGCCCCUAUUUGGAACAAACACUUUCAGAAAGGAAUCGGCAGCCACGCCAUUUCUAAUUACAAUAUCAGAUGGAACCCUGUAGCUGCAAGGUCACUAUGUAAACCGUUUCAGUAGUUAUAGAGAGAAGAACGGCAGAUGGAGCACCCUUUUAAAUUUAUAUGGUUAUCGCAGCCUUGGUGCUGCAUACUAUUACCUCUUUACAACCUUUUUACAGAGUUGUAGCUGUGCAGUAUUUUGCAUCGACUUGAAAUGUCCUUAUGACCUUGUGUAGAAUGAGUACACAUGACACGGAGGAGGUACAAAUACACAGCCAGGCCAUUAGUCAUUACCUCUUAACUACUUACAGUCUACUGACAGUGGGGACAUAUACUGUACAUAAAAGACACCCUGGAUGCCAACAAAAUGCAAAACAGAUGUUUAGAUUUUGUUCGGUGAUGAAAAAAUAUGCAGUUUAGAAUGGAAUCUGGAAGCGUCUACUUGUUAGUUGUUAUUUCAUGUCUUUUUCCCCUCUUUUCCAUACGUACCUCUCAGCGCGUUGUGUACUAAUACGCUUUACUCUCUCCCGUGUCAUAUUAACAGCCACCUACCAGCUUCCAAAUAUAGAACAUGUCUUUACAUGAAGAAAAAAAAAACCUCAUCACAACAUAACCAACCUUCUCUCACAGCUUUCUUCCAAAUAUUCUUCAAGCUGAUAACAUAUGAAGUAGGUAUAGCAAUCUUAGCUUGCAUUAAUGUGUGUGUGUUGGGGGGUUGGGAGUCUGCUUUUAGAGACUAUAUAGCUUCAUGAGGUCAUGACAUCAUCCUCGUUUAUUUCUCUCUGAAAAUCAGUAUUUUGAAUCUUCUUUUCUUGGUAUUACUUUGUGGUGUUACCUCACCAGUGAAGGAAAUGACUUUGGUCAAAAAUAUGUGUCUAAACUUUUAUAUACAGUAUUUUAUUUUGUAUGCAUCGGAUAGGGGGGUUGUGAUUUAUCAACCCAGCGAGAAAAAGAGAGAGCAUCUAUGUGUCUGUGGCCAAAACGACUGCUCAGGCCACAAAUAGCCAAAACUCUGUCUCAACUAGGCCAACCCAGGCUAGAUCCAGGCCAGACCCACAGCUAACUGCUCUGUUCCAUGCUGUGCUGUGCCGCGCCAUCCCUGGCCAAGACUGACUCGAGUGGCUCGGUGUCCAUUUUUACCUUGUGGAGUCUUCAGCGAGUGCCAAAAGACUGUGCAAAAAACUGAACUGAGCAGACAAACAAAUGCAGCAGCCAUUUGUGUUCAUCGUGUGUGUGUGUGUGUGUGUGUGUGUGUGUGUGUGUGUGUGUGUGUGUGUGUGCGCGCGCGCACAUUUGCGUGUGUGUGUGUGUGUGUGUGUGUGUGCGUGCUACCUGUUUAUGUACAUGCACAUGUAAGUACGUGUCCAUCUGUGAACAUGCAUGUGUGUGUACAUGUGUGUUUGCAACCUGUAACACCUGUUUGUUUUCAUACCAUAUAUACAUGUGUUAGGACCACUGGACUGCAGACUUUAGGGUUUGACUGAAUGUUUAUGCUAAAUAUCGCAUAUUAUCAGCAUAUUUCCUCAGUGCUUUGUGAA